AUGCGGAGCACAUCAAGCUGGGAUCAAAAUGAGGUGGCUUUUGAGAAGGUACGGUUAUUAUUGGAAGGAGGAUGGGCUUUGGACUUUAUUGGAAAGUUAACACCACCAUCUGCAGAUGGACAUACUUAUAUUGUGGUAGCAACGGACUAUUUUACAAAAUGGGUGAAGGCUAUUCCAUUAAAGACCUGUGAGCAACCAACAGUGAUUGAUUUUAUCAGGAAGCACAUUAUUCAUAGGUUUGUAAUUCUAGAGACUAUCACCACUGACAGAGGACUUUCCUUUGUUGGAAAUAAAGUUCUUGAUUAUUGUGCUAAGUGUGGCAUCCAAGUGAUCAGUUCCACUCUAUAUUUUGCCCAAUCAAAUGGACAAGCUGAGGCUUCCAACAAAAAUUCAAAAAGAUCAAGUACUGGUGUCACACCAUAUAUGCUCACAUAUGGACAUGAUGCCGUUCUUCCAAUGGAAAUGACCAUAAGAUCUGCAAGAGUGGCUUUCCAGGAUAAGCUUACUCCGGCAGAUUACAACCAUGCCAUGUUGGUGGAAUUGGAAGACCUUGAUGAAGUUCGUCUUAAUGCCUUGGACCAUAUUAUUGCUUAA